AUGGUUAAGACAAGGAGUAUGACUAGAGUUCAGAACCAUGAUGAUACACUUGCACCUAGCAAGAAGAGGAUCAAGACCUGUGAUCUUUGGUCAGAUCUCAACCAUGAUGUGCUUAUUUUAGUAAUGAUGCAAUUAGGAGUUGUUGAUUUUCUUGCAUUCAGCAGAGUUUGUAAGUCAUGGAGAUCACUUGCACUGUCUAACAAGAACAAGUUUAUAGUGUCAAGACCACCCAUGACCAUAUCUAUUUCUACUGAUCCUAAUGUGAAAGAGUUUUACUUAAAGGACUUUGAAGGAAGAGAGUUGAAAACCCUUCUUCCUCAUCCGGAUUAUAAAACAUGUAUUGGAGUAAGUUGUGGUUACUUGAUUCUGUUUAGUGAGAAAAGAAAGGACUUCUGGCUUGUGAAUCCUAUCACAAGGCAUGACCUUCAUGUCCCUUUCCGUGAUGCCUACCCCGACCCUCAUUCUCUGAGGGGUAUUCUUGUCUUUUCACCUAUAAUAUCUCGGUGGGUGUUUGUUGUGUUUGGUCAAUACUCUCGUAAUAUAUGGUUUUGUAUUGCUGGUAAACAAGAAUGGAAUCAUAUCUCCACCCCUUUCUACAUCAAUGAUUUACAUGCUUUAAAGGGAAAGGUAUAUACCAUACACAAUGAUAGCUGUUUGUGUGAAGUGAGACUUUAUCCAACACCCAAAGUGACAAUACUUGAAAUCAAGAAUUCUCCAAAGGGAUACUUUGAUUUUCCUGUGUUUGUAAGUUUGGGUGAAAAUCUUUAUGUGAUUGAUCGACUUCUAGACAAGAAGAUUCAAGAAAUAAAUCUUAGCAAAAUGGAAUGGGUAUCACUUGAAAAAACAGUAGAAGAAUAUGCAAUCUUUAUUAGCAAGGAUAUGCUGCCUGCUGGUUUUGUAGGAAUAGAGCAGUGGUUUGAUCUUCACUCACAAUGCGGGAAAUUUUACUUUUCUGCUGAAAGUGGAAAAAACAAGUUGUUUUUUGCAAAAAUGUGGUAUUUUUUCCAUGAUUGUUUAAAUGUUAGUUUUCUACAUCAGUGA